AUGGACGGAGACGAUUCAACGCAGGGCCUAUCAGCCGCGGCAAUCGCACACGACGCGCUGGAGAAAGUGCAGAUGGAGGCGACGGGAAGGAAGCUUCGACAAACCAACCUCAAAACCACGAAGCUUCUCGGGGGUCUGAACGAGACCCUCCUCAAUAUGGCUGAUCUAAAGAGAUCUGCAAAAUACUGCGAGUCCAUCAGUCAACUGCAGUCCAGAGCUCAGCUGCCGCGCUUUGUCAUUGGAGUGCUUGGUGGCACGGGAACCGGAAAGAGCUCGCUGAUCAACGCCGUUCUGGAUGAAGAGCGUAUCGUUCCCACCAACUGCAUGAGGGCAUGUACAGCCGUGGUCACCGAAAUUCUGUGGAACUCUUCCGAAGACGUCGAAAAGAAGUACCGUGCGGAGAUCGAGUUUCUCACCCAGGCAGAGUGGACUCAGGAACUGAUGCAACUCCAUCGGGACAUGAUCGAUUCUGAUGGCAAGAUUUCGAGAGACGCUAGAGAUCAGAAUACCGAUGCCGGCACAGCCUAUGCCAUCCUUCGAUCGGUGUACCCAGACGUUACUGAUGAACAGCUUGAGCAGACCCAUCCCACUGCGCUUGCUAGCCAGACUACUGUGCGACAGGUUUUGGGAAAGACUGUACUCAUAGAAGAGCAGGCAUGCGAGGUAUUCUACGACAAGAUUCAGGCAUACGUGGAUUCCGAGGAGAACAUUGACUCCCAGACGACUGGAAACUCCCAAGUCCCGAAGAUGGCCCACUGGCCGCUGGUAAAGGUUGUCCGCAUCUUCCUCAAGUCCAAAAUCCUGUCAACUGGUGUGGUCCUCGUGGAUCUGCCCGGAAGUCAGGACACAAACAUUGCAAGAGCAGCGGUUGCCGCGAAGUACGCCAAGGAGUGUACCCGUCUAUGGAUCGUCGCGCCUAUUACUCGAGCUGUCAAUGACAAGACGGCCAAGAACUUGAUGGGCGAACAUUUCAAAAAGCAGUUGAAAUACGACGGCACGUACGCAAACAUCACCUUCAUCUACACAAAGGCAGACGACAUCGCUCUUGAUGAGGCUUCCGAAACACUGGGUAUCAAAGACACGAUUUCCGACAUGUACAGGCGCUGGAAAAAGUUCAAGCCUGAGAUUGAGGGCAUGAGAAAAGACGCAAGGAAGCUAGAGAUCAAGAAGUCAAGCCUUCAUGCGGAAUACCAAGUUGCGGCAAACGACGUGGACACCUGGCAGGGCAUUUACAACCAUGCUGCAAGCGGAGAGCGAGCGUUCGCUCCCUUCCAGUCGCCUCAGAAGAGAAGACGUCCAGCUGACCACGAUUCGAGCGACGAAGGGGAGUCUAGCGAUGACUCCGCAGAUGAACUUGCUCAAGAUGAUCAUCGGGAGCCUGUGACUGUGGAGAUAGCCUCUGCGAGACUUCAGGAGCUCAAGGACAAGAAGAAGAAUCUCAAAGAUGGGAAGAAAGAGGUCGGUCGCGAGCUUAGCAGACUGAGGGCUAGCAUUAAGCAACUCACCACUGAGCGUUCGGAGAUGAACACUCAGAUGUACAAAAUGUGCAUACAGGGUCGAAACAAGUUUUCACGACAGGAAAUCCAGAAGGACUUUGCUUCUGGUCUGAAGGAAUUGGACGACGAACUCCUUGCUACUCAAGCGCAGAACGAGGAGCGACCACAUGAUGCUGGCAAUGUCAGCGAUGCUGAUUAUGAGAAGAUUGGCCGAGAGCUGCCGGUCUUUUGCAUCAGUAGCAGGGGAUAUCAGCAGCUUCGAGGACGCAUGAAAAAGGACAGACGUGUCCCUGGAUUUGUUUCGUCGGAGGACACCGAGGUGCCUGGCCUUCAAAGUCACACACUUGACUUUGCGGCCGCUAUCCAAGAUGAUUACUUCAAGAGUCACUUGAAUGAGGUUUGCCGCUUGCUCAGAGGAAUGGAUGUAUUUCUUGCUGGCGAUGAAGUGCUCCUCAAGAUGUCGAAUGCUGAGAGAGAGGACGAAUGCAAGCAUCUGGAGAAGUCGCUGGCCAAAUUGAGAAGUGCACUCGAAGAGUCUGUGGUGACUUGCAUGGAAGAUUGUGAGAAAACAGCCGCGAAAGUUCUCACUCGACUUCCUAAAGCCGCAAAGAAAGCUUCUGCUGAAGCUCUGGCAAUGGCCAAGUCUUGGGGUGCGGCCCGUGAGUCUGGUGGUCUUCGUUUCCCAACUUACCGUGCUACUUGCCGACGCCGCGGAACCUUCAAGGGAGCUGCUGGGCCUCGCGACUUCAACGAGGAUCUUCUGAAACCCAUGAAGGACAUAAUCGCGGGCUACUGGGAUCAAACAUUCAACAAGCGGUUUCCAGAGCUGCUCGAUCAUCUCGCUAGUACUUUCGCGCGUCUGAUUGGUGCUUUUCAUGAUCGAAUGCAGGGCCGUCGCUUCCUGAUGGAGAAUACCGACUUGGUCCAUGACAUCCUCACCAAGCACAUUGCUGCUUUGAAACAAGCUCUGAUCGACAUGGCGAAACAGCACAAGAAGCUCGCAAGAGAAGCGCAGCGAGGAGCGAACCGCGCAUUCCACCCUGCCAUCGAAGGCUCUUUGCGAGACACGUACAAUCAAUGUGCUCAAGUCAGAGGAGCCGGCGCCUUCAUCGCUCUUCGAGAGACGAUGGAAACCCAAAUCGAGGAAAAGCGGAAAAUGGUGUUCCUCGAUGCCGCUCGUGACACUGACGAGGCGGUGCACAGGCUCCUUGAAGACCUGGAAGACAUGAUUCGCCAGAGCUUGAAGAGUGUCAUCAGUACCAUGGAGGAAGAUUACAUCGGGCUCAUCGGAAAGGUCGCUACUGAGGCCGACAACCGCGACAGAAAGAUGCUGAAGCCUGUCGUCGAGGAUUUCUACCAGAAGUUGCUUGUUGCUCUGAGCGAGCCGGAGGAGGACCACCUUGUUGACGAAGUCGCUGAUGACAGAGAGGUGGAGGAUGACGAAGAAGGCUCUUUGUACCACGAGAGUGGUUGA